AUGGACUACCUCACCAUAGAAGGCGAUCUGAAUGGUCACGUCGGCAGUGAAAGGAGGGGACUGGAAAGGGUACAUGGAGGUAGAGGAGUCAGAAACGAAGAAGGAGACAGGGUCUUCGCCCUGGCCAUAGCCCACGACUUAGCAGUCUGCAGCACCUUCUUCGUCAAAAGGAAAAGGCCUCUUCUAGCCUUCCUUCCUCUUCCGGUGGUGGAAGUUGCACCAGUUCGAAAGAAACAUCUCAAAAAGAAGUUACUGGAAGCUGGACUCCCAAAUCCCUAUGGGCCGAUUCAGCAGGCCUGGAGCAACGCUGCAAAGGUCAUCCUGCGAUGUGCAAAGGAAACGCUGGGAAAACUCGAGGUGAUUUUCAAGGAGACAAGAAAGCAUGGUUCUGGAACGAUGAAGUCCAGCGAGUUGUGA